AUGGCAAAGAAUAUGACUUGUUCAAAUUUAAAUGAUGAUCAUUUAUGUAAUAUUCAAUCAUCAUUUUCAACUAAUAUUAUUAGCAAUGAUAGUGAUUAUUUAUUCAGUAAACUUGAUGUUAAAUCAUAUGGUACAAUAACUUUUCCUCAAAAUUACUAUAAUCGAGCUAAUUUUAUUCGAAUAUCGCCGCAUGUCUGUCCUACACAAGUCAAAGAAUUAUUUAUUGGACAAAAUUAUGAUACACAUCCAUCACUUGUUAUAUCGAUAAUGGGCAGUGCGAAAGAAAGUUCUCUGAGAUCAAAACUAUUUCGAAUAUUUCGUGAAAGUCUUCUUCAAAUAGCUCAAACUACCAAUGUUUGGGUAAUUACUGCUGGACUGAAUUCAAGAGUAACAAGAUUUUUUGGUGAAAUAAUUCGAACAAAUUCAGAUCCAUCUCGACCCAUUUAUUUAAUUGGUAUUGCUUCUUGGGGAUGUAUAUCAAAUGUCUCACAACUUGAUGUUCAUGGUAGCAAUGUUAUUUAUUCAAAAUUAAAAAGUGAUGAAAAAGAUGAAACACCACUUGAACCAAAUCAUACACAUUUUAUUUUUAUUGAUGAUGAAACGAAACAUAAACAUGGAAGUGCAAUUAAAUUUCGUGCUCAAUUUGAAAGAGCAAUUUUAGGUGAACAUUUUUCAUUACAAACCUUGACAAAUAAUAAUCAAAAAAAAUAUAAAUCAAUAAAAUCAUAUACACAAUCAAAACAAUCAGAUAGUAUGCCGGUUAUUGUUGUUGUUAUCGAAGGCUGUUCGGAUGUGAUUAAAAAAGUUUAUCAAAGUGUUGUUAUAGAUAGAAUUCCUGUUGUCCUUGUUGAAGGUACAGGUGGAUGUUGUGAUUUAUUUGCUAAAUGUUAUCAUUUGUAUAAUGAAUACAAGUCAAAAAUGGAAUCAUAUGCUGAAACAAAUGAAAAUUCAUCAUCAUUAAUAGAACAAAAUGAACAAAUAAAAAAUAAAAUUCGUGAAGCAUUACAGAUAGUUAAUCAUGAAAUGGCUGAAACUUCAUGCACAAACGCACCAGAUGAAGGAUUAGAUUUUUUUGAAUUAAUAUAUGAAUGUGUUGAAACACGAAAUAUAUUUUUAAAUUUUAUUGAUUUCAAAGUACAUAAUCUUAGUGUUACUAGUGAAAAUGGUUUAUGUAAAACAAAACUAGAAGAAAAGCGUGAACAAUUAAAUUUAGCAUAUGAAUGGAAACAAAUUGAUAUUGUUAAAAAUUCUAUUAUGAAAGAUGAACGAGAUUGGAAAAGAAUUGAAUUAAAUGAUUUAUUUUUCAAAGCUAUGAUAGAAAAUCAAGCAAAUUUUGUCGAAUUAAUUCUUGAUCAUGAUUUUCCAUUACAUGAUUUAUUUGAAAAUAAUAAUCAACUUUUAGAUCUUUAUAAAGCCGAAAAUAUUUAUUUUAAAAAUGAAUUAAAUAGUCCUUUAAGAUCAAUUUAUAGAGAAAUAAUUCAACCAUUUAUUGAUAAUCAUUGUCUAAUUGAUGCUAUUUGUGAUCAAGAUAAUUUAGUAACAAAUUCUAAAAAUGAUUCAUCAUCAAUAAUAAGUGAAAUUGAUAUUGAUAAGGAACUUUUUCUUUGGUCAGUUGUAACAGGUAGACAAGAAUUAGCUUUACUUUUCUGGACUCGUGGAAGAAAUAAAAUUUGUGGUGCUUUCAUUGCAAUAUUAAUUUAUAAAAGUAAAGCAAAAAAAGAAAAAACUCUUAAAUAUAAUCAGUGGGUCAAUCAAUUGGAAUAUUUUGCUGUAGAAAUACUUGAAAAAUUUUAUUCAACAUAUCCUUCGAAAUGUAAACAAGCUAUUAUUAGAGUAAUACCUGAAUUUGAUAAUGUUACUUGGUUACAAUUAGCUGUUUUGGCUGAAUCAAAAUCAUUUAUUGCUAAACAAGGUGUACAGGAUGUACUUAACGAUAUAUGGUAUGGUCGAAUCGAUCAUCAAGUUGGAAAUUUUUUAAUAAUAUUUUCAAGUUUUAUGCUUUGGUAUAGUGCUUUUCUUCCUUAUUAUGAAGAAAACAAUACAUAUAAUCAACAUGAUGAUUUUCAAGAUGGAUCGAAUAUUUUUCAAUGUCGUACGUCAAGAUCAAAGCCUGCUAUUGAUAAGUAG